AGUGCGGGUAACCGUUGGCGUUUGAAUCGUCCUCUGAAAACAGCGGCAGAUGACAGCAGCUUGUAAGCGCUCCGGGAAAAAAAACAGUACUAACUACUUCACAUCAACCGAACACAGUUCUCUGGACUUUAUUUUUUUUUUUAGCUUUGAACUGCGAACACCUACUGAAAACAUGUCGAAGAAACAGAUUUACUACUCUGACAAGUACAACGACGAGGAGUUCGAGUACAGACAUGUCGUGCUUCCCAAGCAGCUGUCGAAACUGGUGCCCACCUCCCACCUGAUGACAGAAGAAGAGUGGAGGGGACUCGGAGUGCAGCAGAGCCAGGGCUGGAUUCACUACAUGAUCCACAAACCAGAGCCACACAUACUGCUUUUCAGAAGACCUCUCCCAAAGGAUUAAAUGGGAAUCCUCUGUAAAUUGCCCGCUAUCAUCUUUGCUGAUGUGUAUUGUCUUGAGACCAUACAUCUCCUCCUACAUACAUCUCUACAUAUGUUCUAAUGUAUUGUGUAUAAAAACCUUUAGUUGUAUUUUUCUUUCUUUUGUUUUUUUUUUCAUCAAACUCCCUCAAUUUUUAGAGGUAAUGAGAGGCAAAUAGCUUAAUUCCACUGUGAAUGAUAACCUUAUGGACAAUAUGAAGGUGAAUGUUGCCUGUUGUUGUACAUUUUAAUACAUUCUUUUUAAAUGUCUUGAUGCCGUUUUUGUUAUGAUUGAUUUAUUUACUGAGCAGUCAUACAGGCACAGGGUUUUAUUUUUCUCAAGGCCACGAUUUUCCCAAAAAAGCUUUCUGUGUUUGAACAUUUCCUGUCGUUUAAACGUAUGUUUGUGUUGUGUACAUAAUAUUAUUUCUAGAUAUUAUAAUUUUGACAGAGUCAUGGUUGACUCAACAAGUUCACUGUUGCUGAAAGAACAAAAUAAAAUGAACUUCUUCUCUUCA